AUGGAGAUUCGUCUGCACUCGAAGGAUAGAGUCUACACGACCGAAGAAACUGUCAAAGGAGAGCUGGUCCUUCAGAGAACCAGCGCAUGUCAGAAUCUGCGCGUCUCGUUGUCACUCAUUGGUUUGAAGACUCUCCUAGACUGUUGUCAAGAGCACAUAGUGACUGACAAAUUCUGUAGGAAGGAUGCGGUCGGUUGUGACGAAGAUGACGCCUUUACCCGAUAG